CCGGCGCCUCUUCUGCGGCCGCUGAGCCGGAGCCGGCCUGAGCAGCGCUCUCCGCGGCGGCUCCCUUCCCAGGGACCUACGCGCCCGCGAGGGCUCCCUCACGUCCCCCGCCAGCCCCCGGCCCCCGGCCCACGCGGCCCGCACUCCGCGCGCCAGCCCCACCUGGGUCCGUGUCCCGUUUCGCCGGCCGGACCUGGGCUUGAGCCCGAACUGUAGCCGGCGCCAUGUCGGUCGUGGGGAUAGACCUGGGCUUCCAGAGCUGCUACGUCGCCGUGGCCCGCGCCGGCGGCAUCGAGACGAUCGCUAAUGAGUACAGCGACCGCUGCACGCCGGCUUGCAUUUCUUUUGGUCCUAAGAAUCGUUCAAUUGGAGCAGCAGCUAAAAGCCAGGUAAUUUCCAAUGCAAAGAACACAGUCCAGGGAUUUAAAAGAUUCCAUGGCCGAGCAUUCUCUGAUCCAUUUGUGGAAGCAGAAAAAUCUAACCUUGCUUAUGAUAUUGUGCAACUGCCCACUGGAUUAACAGGUAUAAAGGUCAAAUAUAUGGAGGAAGAGCGAAAUUUUACUACGGAGCAAGUGACAGCCAUGCUUUUGUCCAAACUGAAGGAGACAGCAGAAAGUGUUCUCAAGAAGCCUGUUGUGGACUGUGUUGUUUCGGUUCCUUGUUUCUAUACUGAUGCAGAAAGACGAUCAGUGAUGGAUGCGACACAAAUUGCUGGUCUUAAUUGCCUGCGAUUAAUGAAUGAAACAACUGCAGUUGCUCUUGCAUAUGGAAUCUAUAAGCAAGAUCUUCCUGCCCUAGAAGAGAAACCAAGAAAUGUAGUUUUUGUAGACAUGGGGCAUUCUUCUUAUCAAGUUUCUGUAUGUGCGUUUAAUAGAGGAAAACUUAAAGUUCUGGCCACUGCAUUUGACACGACACUGGGAGGCAGAAAAUUUGAUGAGGUUUUAGUAAAUCACUUCUGUGAAGAAUUUGGGAAGAAAUACAAGCUAGACAUAAAGUCCAAAAUCCGUGCAUUAUUACGACUGUCUCAGGAGUGUGAGAAACUCAAGAAAUUGAUGAGUGCAAAUGCUUCAGACCUCCCUUUGAGCAUCGAAUGUUUUAUGAAUGAUGUUGAUGUAUCUGGGACUAUGAAUAGGGGCAAAUUUCUGGAGAUGUGUGAUGAUCUCUUAGCCAGAGUGGAGCCACCACUUCGUAGUGUUUUGGAACAAGCCAAGUUAAGGAAAGAAGAUAUUUAUGCAGUGGAGAUAGUUGGUGGCGCGACACGAAUCCCUGCAGUGAAAGAGAAGAUCAGCAAAUUUUUUGGUAAAGAACUUAGUACAACACUAAAUGCUGAUGAAGCUGUCACUAGAGGCUGUGCAUUGCAGUGUGCAAUCUUAUCGCCUGCUUUCAAAGUCAGAGAAUUUUCUAUAACUGAUGUAGUACCGUAUUCAAUAUCUCUGAGAUGGAAUUCUCCUGCUGAAGAAGGGUCAAGUGACUGUGAAGUCUUUACAAAAAAUCAUUCUGCUCCUUUCUCUAAAGUACUCACAUUUUAUAGAAAGGAACCUUUUACUCUUGAGGCCUAUUAUAGCUCUCCACAAGACUUGCCUUAUCCAGAUCCUGCUAUAGCUCAGUUUUUAGUUCAGAAAGUUACUCCUCAAUCUGAUGGCUCCAGUUCAAAAGUGAAAGUCAAGGUUCGAGUAAAUGUCCAUGGCAUCUUCAGUGUGUCCAGUGCAUCUCUAGUGGAAGUGCUCAAGUUUGAGGAAAACGAGGAACCGAUGGAAACAGAUCAGAAUGCAAAGGAGGAAGAGAAGAUGCAAGUGGACCAGGAGGAACCUCAUGCUGAAGAGCAGCAACAGCAGACGCCAGCAGAAAAUAAGGCAGAGUCUGAAGAAAUGGAGACCUCUCAAGCUGCAUCAAAAGAUAAAAAGAUGGACCAACCACCUCAAGCCAAGAAGGCAAAAGUGAAGACCAGUACUGUGGACCUGCCAAUUGAGAAUCAGCUGUUGUGGCAGAUAGACAGAGAGAUGCUCAACUUGUACAUUGAAAAUGAGGGUAAGAUGAUCAUGCAGGAUAAACUGGAGAAGGAGAGGAAUGAUGCCAAGAAUGCAGUGGAAGAAUAUGUGUAUGAGAUGAGAGACAAGCUUAGUGGGGAGUACGAGAAGUUUGUGAGUGAAGAUGAUCGUAACAGUUUUACCUUGAAACUGGAAGAUACUGAAAAUUGGUUAUAUGAGGAUGGAGAAGACCAGCCAAAGCAAGUUUAUGUCGAUAAAUUGGCGGAAUUAAAAAAUCUAGGUCAACCUAUUAAGAUGCGAUUCCAGGAAUCUGAAGAAAGACCAAAAUUAUUUGAAGAACUAGGGAAACAAAUCCAACAGUAUAUGAAAGUAAUCAGCUCUUUCAAAAACAAGGAGGACCAGUAUGACCAUUUGGAUGCUGCUGACAUGCUGAAGGUAGAAAAAAGCACGAAUGAGGCCAUGGAGUGGAUGAAUAACAAACUGAAUCUGCAGAACAAGCAGAGUCUGACUGUGGAUCCAGUUGUCAAGGCAAAAGAAAUUGAAGCUAAAAUUAAGGAGCUGAUGAGUGUCUGUGGCCCUAUAAUUUCAAAGCCCAAACCCAAAGUGGAACCUCCAAAAGAGGAGCAAAAAAACGCAGAGCAGAAUGGACCAGUGGACGGACAAGGAGACAGCCCAGGCCCCCAGGCUGCUGAGCAGGGUACAGAUACAGCUGUGCCUUCGGAUUCAGACAAGAAGCUUCCUGAAAUGGACAUUGAUUGAUUCCAACAAUUGUUUAUAUUAAAACAGACUAUUAUAAA